UCUCGCUCGCUCUCUCUCCACGCUUCUAUUUCCUUCUCUUGUCCCUAGAUCUGAAUCGUCGUCUUCUCCGUUGGUCGCGGAUCGAAUCGAGGGUUGGGGGAGGAUGCCCAUGGCGGAAUCGGUGGAGGAUCCCGGCGGCGGAUUCUUUCGAUCGGACCUCGGCGACGGGCGCUCCGACCACAACGACGACAACCUAUCGAUCAGCCUCGGCGACCUCUUCGCCAUACUCGACGAGGAGCCGCGCCAAUCGCAGCCCUAUCCUGCUGUGGCUGCUCAAAAGAGUAUUUGCCAAGGGAAAGUAGCCGAUCCCAUUGUCAAUGAGAAGGUCUUUCAACCUCAGGAUGCAGAUUGGAAGGACCUUGGUGAAGAGUUAGGGUGCAACCUGAGGGAUAUCGAUGCAUCUAAUUGCCAGAAUCUCACAAAAUUUCAACUUUUGUCCGAAUCUGAAGAAAAUUUUGAGCCAUUCAUGAUCAAUGAGAAGAGCCAUCGUGUUUCAGAACAUGAUAGUUCUAAGAACUCAUUUUCUUUUAUGUCAAAUCAUACACCUGACUGGUUAAGCUACCCUACUUUGGAAUACAAUAUGCUAAAUUCAAAUGUUGCUCAUGAUACUGAUGGAGCAUAUUUACUUACAUUGGAACAUGCAAAUCUUGGGAAUGGAUUAUACUUGGAUGGAAAUGAAGAGAGGGACUACAAAGAAAUGACUGGCGUUAAAGAAAUUGAAUCAGGUACAAAAUUUAUGCCAUCACUCCUGAUGCAAAAUGGUGGAACUGGUGCUUUGCCUGAAAGAGAUCUUUCUGGAUCAAUGACAAGGUAUGCAUUUGUGGAUCAUGAGGCUACUUUGCCAUAUGCAUUUCCCGGCGAGAUGAACACUAGUGAGGCAACUGAAUUACAGUGCAAUACAAGUGGGAGUUGUUUGACAUUACACCGGGAGUCUAUUAGUGAUGAAAACAAGAAUGGAUCAAAGCAGUUUAUAUCAGCGGUAUAUCAGCAGCCAUUAUUACCCCAUGUAAAGGAAUCUCUGAUUCGCAUUAAUGAUAAACGGAAGGAUCAGCUUCUUCACUCUCAUAAUUCAGGUAGAAGCAGUGAGGUGCAGUUGGGUACACAAGAACUACUUGACAUCUCUUUGUCAGGGUUCCCAAUGUCUUUUAUGGAUGCAUCUUCUCCUAGCACCUUAUCAUUUGAGCAUUGUGAAGAUAUUCAUUUCAGGAGUGAAUCUAGCACAGACUCUUCUCCACAUCUCUCAAGCAGAAACUCUACGUCUGAAAAUUUUCAUACAUCUUCACUUGAUACCACAAAACAAUUCAUGUUUGAUUCUAAUGUAUAUUCUAAUAUGAAGAAAGAAACAUUCUCCAAGAAUGAAACGGAAGACAAGAUGCUGCCAUCUUCUGUUAAACAGCCUGGUAUUCCUGAAGAUACUGGUAAUGUCCAUAUGGAUGAGUAUGAUGAGGAAGAAGAAGAUGAUGAUACUGACUUAUAUAUUGUUGACAAUAUUAGUGAUCCUGCCCAUCCCCCUCUGCCACCUGUCCAUCAGAAACCUAAUCUGAUAUAUCAGCGAUCUGCACAUGGAGAGGCAUAUUACUCCGGGUUUGGAGGGAUGAGGUUGAAGGCAAAUGAUGAAAGAUUAACCUUUCGGCUUAUAUUGCAGGAUCUUUCUCAGCCAAAGUCUGAAGCUACCCCACCUGAUGGUCUUUUAGCUGUUCCUCUGCUGAGACACCAGCGAAUUGCUUUAUCCUGGAUGGUGCAAAAAGAGUGUGCCAGCCUGCACUGUUCUGGCGGGAUUCUUGCAGAUGACCAGGGAUUGGGUAAAACAGUAUCUACCAUCGCACUAAUUUUGACGGAACGAUCUCCAUCAUCACGAUCUUCUACAAAGGAAAAUCUAGAUAAUUAUGAAACUUUGGACUUGGAUGAUGAUGAUGAUGAUGAUGGUGAUGUUGCCGAAGUCUAUAAGACAAAUAUAACAAAGCAGCCACGGAUUUCUACUCCAGCGAAAAAAGAGAACCUUAUGAUGGUGAUGAGCAGGCCAGCAGCUGGAACCUUGGUUGUUUGUCCUACAAGUGUUCUUCGACAGUGGGCUGAGGAACUCCAAAACAAAGUUACCAGCAAAGCUAAUUUAUCAUUUCUCGUGUAUCAUGGAAGUAACCGCACAAAAGAUCCGAAUGACCUUGCCAAGUAUGAUGUUGUACUCACCACUUAUGCAAUUGUAAGCAUGGAAGUUCCAAAGCAACCGCUUGUUGACAAAGAUGAGGAGGAGAAAGUGAAGCCCGAUACCUCUACUUCCUCGGUGGGACAUAUUGGUGGUAAAAAGAGGAAAAUUCCUGGUUCUUCUGUGAAGAAUCCGAAACUUGAGAAGACAAUGGAGAAUGCUUUGUUUGAAUCUGCUGCUAGACCUCUUGCAAGAGUAGGUUGGUUCAGGGUAAUAUUGGAUGAAGCACAGAGUAUCAAGAAUCACAGAACUCAGGUUGCUAGGGCUUGUUGGGGUUUACGGGCCAAACGAAGGUGGUGCUUGUCUGGGACUCCCAUACAGAAUGCAGUAGAUGAUCUUUACAGCUACUUCAGAUUUCUCAGAUAUGAUCCAUACGCAGCUUACAAGUCAUUCUGUUCCAUGAUAAAGGUACCAAUCAACAGAAACCCAACUAAUGGGUACAAAAAGCUUCAAGCUGUUCUGAAGACGAUAAUGCUACGCCGGACUAAAGGGACGCUGAUUGAUGGACAACCAAUUAUCACUUUGCCGCCAAAGACUGUAACUCUCAAGAAAGUAGACUUCUCGAUGGAGGAACGUACUUUCUACUCCACUCUAGAAGCCGAGUCGCGUGAACAGUUCAAAGUAUAUGCAGAUGCUGGAACCGUCAAACAAAAUUAUGUCAACAUUUUGUUGAUGCUGUUGCGGCUCAGGCAGGCUUGUGAUCAUCCUCUUUUGGUCAAGGGAUAUGAUUCUUCUUCUGUUUGGAGGUCCUCUUUAGAAAUGGCGAAGAAACUUCCAAUGGAAAAACAACAAAAUCUACUGAGUUGCCUCGAACAUUGUUCAGCAAUUUGCACAAUUUGUAAUGAUGCACCUGAAGAUGCUGUAAUUACUAUUUGCGGCCAUGUUUUUUGCCACCAAUGCAUUUGCGAGCAUCUUACUGGAGAUGACAGCAUCUGCCCCUCAGCUGGGUGCAAAGUCCGUCUUAAUGUCGCCUCAGUGUUCUCUAGAGGCACAUUACAAAGUGCUCUAUCUGGUGUAACCGGCGGUGAAUGCUGUCCUAAUGAUUCUGGUUCAGAAAUGACCCAGGCAGGACUCUUCUAUGAUUCUUCCAAAGUGAGAACUGCAUUGCAGAUUUUGCAGUCACUGCCUCGAGCGGCGAGGCAGGACUCUUCUAUGACAACCAAGUCUGCAAAAUUAAAUGAUGAAACUGCUGAGAUUAGUGACGGUAAAAAUUUCGGGCCAAUUAUAUCUUCAGACUCGUGCGUAACAGAAAAGGCUAUCGUCUUCUCUCAGUGGACUGGGAUGCUGGAUCUAUUGGAAGUGCCUUUAAAAGAUUCUUCCAUACAGUAUAGGAGACUUGAUGGAACAAUGUCUGUUGCUGCCAGGGAGAAAGCUGUAAAAGAUUUCAACACUCGUCCAGAGGUAAGUGUCAUGAUUAUGUCAUUGAAAGCUGCGAGUCUCGGCUUGAAUAUGGUGGCCGCCUGCCAUGUUCUUCUUUUAGAUCUGUGGUGGAAUCCUACUACAGAAGACCAAGCAAUUGAUAGAGCACAUCGUAUUGGCCAGACACGUCCUGUAACUGUUUCACGCUUAACAGUGAAGGACACAGUUGAAGAUCGCAUACUAGCUCUCCAGCAAAGGAAGAGGGAAAUGGUUGCUUCUGCAUUUGGAGAAGAUGAAUCUGGUUCUCGCCAGACUCGCUUGACUGUGGAGGACUUGAAGUAUCUUUUCAUGGUGUAGUUGCCUCGCUUUCUCUUCCGCACAGUUUUGCUCAUUGGAUUAGCUAAAAUAGGCGUUAACAGCUAACUGCUUCCUCUAGCGCAUCAUUUUACAUUGUGUACCUAGGCAGCAGCUUAGAAGGUGAUUAGCAUUUCAGCUGGCGAUGAGGUACCGGCCCUGUCCUAUGUGAAUACUAAUUUGAAAGGCAUGUAUAAUUUGAUUAGUUUUUCAUCAGUUUGUGGCAUCAAUGACCCUGCUAUCCUCGAAAGCGCACAUUAGACGGAGUACUAACCAAUUUGUGAAUAGAUGUGGAAUCUGGGUAGCUUCGUAUAUUUUUCAUUGCUGACCCUCCUUUGUUUUGGUUUUGAUCUCUAGUUGUCGCUUUACAGGUUAAGAAUAGAAGAAAAGAUGUAUUGUUCUUUUAACUAAUUUAUUUAUAUUAUUUGUAAAGCUCCAUAUUGUUUUCAAUGGUCUGGGAAAUUACGGUAUCCAGCUCCGUGGUUUUGUUAGCUCGAGUUUGAGGCUGAUCUGUUCGUAUACUCUUAAUUCAUUUUUGUGGUUCUUCGAA